AUGGCUCGAGCGCAUAUCAAGUCACCCGAGUCGGACCUUGAUGAAGAAGACCCCGCACUCUUGGACUUGCAAGCGGUAGAAAACCAGGUUCACGACCUCGACUUGGAUACCGAAGAGCAGGCGCUAGAGGUUCUUUACCCCGAAGCGUUCGAAACUGUCACCGCUCCCAGUCCCUCUGGUUUGCCCGAGGAGAUGGAGGUGGAUGGUACUCCCAUGGAAGUGGAUUGGGAUAUCACUUCCCCAGUACCUCAUCUUCCAAACCUCUCUCUUCCGUCUGCGCUCUCGCGAUUCUAUUUUGGAGUACUCGAGUUGGUCGACUUUCCGGGAUCUCCCAUGAUCCUCGUCUGUUAUGCCUGCCGUAAGACGCUCAAGACCAAGGACGUCAGGCGUGCUCAAAGGCACUAUCGGGAGAACCAUGAAAAUUCUUCCUCUCUCAAGGUCACGCUACAGCCAUUCCCAAUGUUGACUGGUGAGAUGCCUGUCGACCUACCGGAUGGGGGCGUCGAUUCUGAAGAGGAGGAGCAAGAGCAAGACGAGGUGGUGGAUGAACUCAUGGAGGGUGACGAAGCACUGGACUCGCAAGACGAAGAACGGAUCCCGCUUAGAAAAUGGUUUCAGAAACACGCCAACACUCUCUCCUUCCCAGAGCCACGCCCUUCUACCAUCAUCCCGGCGAUUCCAUUCUUUCCACUCUUGGACGGGUUUUCCUGUCCGUUUCGAGACUGCCCCUUUGCGGCCUUUACGAACAAGCCGGUCGUUACACAUAUCAACCAAAAACACCGUAGAGAGUUGGUCCGUGAUGAUGAAGAAUACGAUCUGCGACCAAAAUGUGGACCCGUCCAAAGCCUCCACUACCGCCAGGGUCGAUUCUCUCCUUUUCGCAUCCAAGAUCCCAUCACCCCCACCUCCAAACCCCUAUCGAUCCAACAACUUGUCGCAGAACGACUCUGCUCCCGGAAAAAGGCACCGACGGGAGAGGUCAAAGGCUUUCAAUAUGCCAAUGCCUUCAUGCUCCGAUUUCGCUAUCGGAGUAUCUAUCCACAAGACGCCUCCACUUGGACUAAACAUGUUGCUCGUCUCGUUCCCAAGGUCAGCCUCAUCCAUAGUCCUCAUCAGACGGAUGAAGAGCAUAUGAUUGUAUUGGGCUGCCUCCUCUACAUUCUCAAGUCGGUCGAACCUUUGAAGGGCUCGAGUCUUAUCGAAUCGAAAAGAGACAACUCGUCAUUCAAGCCACUGGGGCGUCCCGAUUCCACGAUUCGCUACUGUCUGCUCUUUUCUGGAUGGAUUGUUUAUAUACUCCGAUGCAUACACGAUGGGGAGAUGGAUCCAGGCCUAUACAUUCACCCAGAGCACGCUGAGAAGGGAGCAGCAUUGAUGAAUCAAGUCCAACUCCUACUGCAGGACGAGCUAGCAGUUACCGAGCUGCACAAUAUCACCCAUCUCCCUCGGGAACAGUAUUAUGUCGGCACCGAUCCCUUCAUUUGCGACUAUCGAUAUGGCUCGACCAUCCUCAGAAGAGCACUCGGGCUCUUUGAUGUCAUCCAUACCCUCUCCAUGGCUCUCAUCACACAACCUCUCGAGGCACCUGCCUCUAUACCCGAAUUAGCCUUUCCUGUGGUACGCUUCUUUGCCUGGAAGGCCUGGGACGAGUAUGCCGCCUCUUUUCGUACACCAGGUGCACUCCAUGGUCUAUUUUGCCAGCUUCAAUGGGCGAUGAGGCUCGUCAUAUACCAGCAAUACCAACGAGACACCCAGCCACGGCAUGGAACUACACCCUCUCAAUACGGAACUCUCUGCCAACUGCACGACGACUACUUGCGACAGGAUACGCUGAGUCCGUUUGGCAUUCUCCAAGGCCAGGUGCGGUACAGUGCCAUCGUUGCGACUUCUAUUGCAUACGCACCACAAACGACCCCACUCUGGGAGGAGCGUGCCGUGUGCAUCAGUGGAAGGACCGUGUCCUUGUCGGUCUUUUCCGAAAUGGUACAGAUAACACUUGCAAAGGCGAGACAGCUGUUCGAGAGGGACCUCCUCUUUGGGCGACAUAAGGAGAUCUGUCAGAUGGAGAAUGGGUACAUCAAGCGGGACAAAGUCAUCCUUGAUGAGCCCGACAAAACGGGGCAUGGCUACACGUACUUUUCGGCCAAUCAGUGUUUUCUGAACUGCCUUGACCGCCUGGGUAGCUUUAUCGCCCAUGAUUCCGAGCUCAUGUCCUUCUUUACGCUCGGUGUCACACUGGACAAUCAAGGUGUCGUCUGGAACCUUGUGCGGAUCAGAAAAUGGCUACAGGCACACGACGCAUUUGUCAAGCUCUUGGCCGUGUUGAUAUACUGGGCAUCGGGGCAGCCUUGUCGUCUCCCAGAGCUCAUCAGUCUCUCUGUAGAAAACCUCCCCGAGAGACCCCGCAACCUCUAUGCCAUCCAAGGUCACCUGAUGAUCGUCCAGACCUAUCGAAAGGCCCUCUUGGUCGCCAUGCGAGACUAG